UUCUGGGCAACUUGACAUUUGUUUAGGGUGUUGAUAGAGAAGGAUCCAAGAAGGAGCCGACCGUUUCAGACACUCAGAGCCGAAUUUGGGCCAGAACCAGGGUGAAAUGGACAUGCAGAAGAGAGUCUCGCUGGAGCUGCGGAACCGGUCGCCGGCAGAGGUUCCAGAGUUAUUUCUGGAUCAUUGUCGAACAACCGAUGGGAAAAUCAAGGGAAUCACGGAGGACUUCAAAAACCUGGAGGUCCUCAGUCUCAUCAAUGUUGGCCUGACCAGCGUAGCUGAAAUUCCCAAACUGGAAAAACUUAGAAAGUUGGAAUUGAGUGACAACCGAUUGUCGUCCGGUCUGGAGGUUCUGGCGGAGCGGCUUGUCAACCUGACACACCUCAACCUUAGUGGGAAUAAGUUCAAAGACAUAAGCACCCUCGAGCCAUUGAAAAAGCUCCCACUGCUUAAGAGUCUAGACCUUUUUGCCUGCGAGGUGUCCAACCUGGCCAAUUAUAGAGAGACCAUUUUCAAACUGCUCCCAAAACUCACCUACCUGGAUGGCUAUGACAUUGAGGAUCGCACAGCCUCAGACUCCGACGGCGAGCGAGACGUAGUGGACGAAGAAUACGAAGAAGAGGGAGAGUCUGAGGACGAAGAGGAUGAGGAAGAUGUGGCGUCUGAAGAUGACGAGGAUGAAGACGAUGAAGACAAUGACAGUGGGGUUAAUGAACAGGGUGGAGAAGUGAACGGAGAUGUGGACAGUGAGGAUGAUGAUGAUGACGACAGCGAAGAUGAUGAUGACGAUGACGACGACGAGGAUGAUUAUGACGACGAUGAUGAUGAAGAGGACUCGUCUCCGACCAAAGGUGAGAAGAGAAAAAGGGGUCAAGAAGAGGAGGAUGACGAUGAUGACGAUUGAAGAUUUUUUCCGCUCCUCCCUCCACCCUGCAACCUAAACCUCCUUGCCGCCAUUUUGUUUUUUCCAUUUGUUUUUGUUUUUUGUUUUUUUUUCGCCUGCUGAUCCUCAAACCUCCAUUUCGAUCGGUGUAAAUUUGACAUCUUUAUUUUUGUCAGUCAACUCUGCACAUUCAAAUGGACAGUUUUCAUCGCCUUCUCAAGAGGAAACAUGUUUAUAUCCCAAGUUUUAGUCGCCAUCUUUGUUCUCCUGCUGCAAUAAUGUAUCAUGAUAUUGGAUCUAGGAGCUGUUGCGUAAUCCUGCUACAAUACACACCUGCAGGGUCGACUCAGGUCUGUUAGGAUGAUUAAAAGGCUCAGGGAGGGAAUUUUAAGAACCCUUGAGUCCUCCGUUUUUUGUUUUGUCUUCACACUGGGACUUGAACCAACAACCUUCCUCAAUGAUGAGCGCUCAGGGCAAAUUGUUUUCCUCCGACAGAGCUUUUUAAAAAGAAGUAUUUUUUCACUUUUUUUUUUAUGGUUAUCCGUUGACACUUGCGGUCCAUAGAGAGAUAUAAUUGUUUCAUUCACUCUUUUUUUUUUUACU